AUGGAAAUCAAAGAGGCCUCAGAUGUCGAACAAUGCUCAGUCAGACUCAUCGAUGACCGCAGCAGGCGUCGUGGCAGCAGCCACUGGCGCCCACUCAAUGAGCGGCAACCAAUCGACCAACACUCCCCCAACCAGCAAGGACAGCAGCGCCAUCACCACCAUCACGGCACUGGCAACUACCAGAACAAGCCAGGCACGUACAAGAAGACCACAGGCCCCAAGAAGGAGCUUGAGGAGUUCAACUUUGAGGAGUCCAACAUGAGGUUCGACAAGGAGAAGCUGGCCGAGGAGCUGGCCAGCACCGACGAGCACGUCGACGACCACGAGGAGGACGACGAGGAGGAGAUCAUCAACGGUGUGCAAUCGAUCCACGUGUCCACCAGCUACACGCCAUCAAAGAGCUUCUUUGACAACAUCUCCUGCGAGUCCCUGGACAAGCAGAACAACCAGGAGGGCAAGGCCAAGGUCACCCUUCACGACCAACGUAAGCUGGACCAAGAAACCUUUGGAAUCUCAUCAGUCCGUUCACAUGACCAUCGUCGCGGCGGCCGAGGUCAAAACCGUAGAUACAACAGCUACAACAAUCAGAACAGGCAACAGCAACAGCAGCAACAGCCACAGAACAAAUCUCAACAAACAACAGCC